UCAAAAAGAACCCAAAAAAAAAAAACAAAAAAAAAAAAAAACAGAGAGCCGUUCGGUUCUCCCUCUAAUUUCUCCCUUUCCAAAUCCAUUUUUUAGAUUCCUUUUAAUCCAAAUUUAGGUUCUUUUUCCUCUGUAAUCUCACAAAAUUUCCAUUUUUUUUGCUAUGAAUUACCCAAAAUCAAUAAUUAAGUUUUUUAAUGCAUCAAAACUGAUCUACAGAUUCACUUACAUUGCUAAUUGAUCUGUAUUUUAGUUGAAAAUCUGAUAAUUAUUAGGGUUUCGGAUGAUGAUUUAAGGGAAUUUUGAAUUUUUUUUGUGUGGAUUCGAAUGGCAUCGGCUCAGGUUUUGCGAAAGCAAGAGCUUUUGCAAGCUGGGAAAAAAAAGCUAGAAGAGUUCCGCAAAAAGAAAGCAGAGAAGGCAAAAAAGUCAACUUCCAAUAAUCAACCUCAUGGUUCGGGUGGAGGCUUUGAUAACCAACCUUCAGACAGUGAACACACAAGAAUCACUGACUCUCGUGGAGCUGGUACAUCUGAUGCCCUUGAUGGAGCUGUUUCAGAGUUAUCUCGAGUAGACGUUACACAUGAUUUCAAGAAUCCUGAUCUUGCACAGAAGAGUGGUUUCGCUUCUUCCUAUGAAGCUAAUGCUAGUCCUACUCAUAGUUUACACAACAAUGAUAAUGAUGCUAGCGCUACUUCUACUAUUAGUGGAAACAAUCAUGGUUUUACUUCUUCCAUCUCCACGCCAUCUCAUUUUAGAGAUAAAGUGCUUAAGGGUGAUGAGAAACCUAAAUCAUCUGAACAAUUCAGUGAUAGUUAUAAUCCCCCUGAGAAGACGGAGAAUGAUGGAGCCUUGGGAAGUAUUGGAUUUGGAUUUAAUACUAGUCAUUCUACACCUAAUUUUCUGUCAUCAUUCCCCAGUUACAGUAAAUUUUCCGGUUUGUUUAGUCAUGAUGGUGUAGCUAAAAGUGAAAUAGAGGGAAAAAAAACAAAAGAUCUUUCUGUAAUGAACUCUAGUACUUCUCAUGCUUUUCCUGCUAAUGUUUCACCUGAAAACUCCCGUGGUCCUCAUCUGCAAGAAAAACCAGGUUUUAUGGAUCGUUGGGCUAGUGGGUUUACCUCCUCAUCAUAUGAAGAUCAUAUGCGCCCCACAACCAGCAGUACAAAGUUUUCUUUGGAAGAUGGGCAAAGAGAUGGUACUGUUGAAGCUAAUAGUUCUAUAAUUUCUGAUAUUGGGUAUGGCCAGUUCAACAACUCUGGUUUUUACAUGAAUAAUAAUUCGUCUUCUUGGGCAUCUGAUUCUAAACAUGAGGACAUCAGUUCUGAAGCAAGAAGUUCUUCUAGUAAUUCAAAAUUGUCUACAGCCACUGUUGGGAGGAAAUCUCGUCCGUCUUUCCUUGAUUCCAUCAACAUUUCAAAAGUUCCUGUGGUAUCCCCUUCUCCAACUGAAUCAGUUUCUGCAGACAGAUUUGAUCCAAAGGGUCAUCCCACGGACACUUUGGAAUCGUCCAACUCCAGGAACAUGAUGACUUCUUCAACCUUUUCUGCAAGUGGGUCUGAUCAGUUGAAUCAUCAUGCUGAGAAAGACACGGGGAACAUGGACAACCGUUAUCAGUCUUUUGCACAAAAACAGAAUGAAGAUUUUGCUGCUUUAGAACAGCAUAUUGAAGAUUUAACACAAGAGAAGUUUUCUUCACAACGUGCUCUUGAGGCUUCACGAGUUCUAGCAGAGUCUCUAGCUGCUGAAAAUUCAGCCCUGACAGAGAGUUAUAAUCAACAGGGCAGUUUUGUUACCCAAUUAAAGACCGACAUAGAAGAACUGCAGGAGGAAAUUAAAGCACAACUGGUCGAACUUGAAGCUGUGAAAAUGGAAUAUGCAAGUGUACAAUUUGAAUGUAAUGCUGCAGAUGAACGUGCUAAGCUAUUGGCUUCUGAAGUGAUUGGUUUGGAAGAGAAGGCACUUCGUCUGAGAUCUAAUGAGCUUAAACUGGAGAGGGAAUUAGAGAAAUCACAAGCUGAAAUAUCUUCUUUCAAAAAGAAAAUGGCUAGCCUUGGAAAGGAACGCCAGGAUCUGCUGUCAACAAUUGAUGCUCUAAAAGAAGAAAAGAAGCUCUUGCAGGAGAAACUACGAAAAACUUCUGAUAGUGGCAAGUCACUUGAUGUUAGCAGGAGUAUGCCUAGUAAAAAGGAUGUAUCAACUUCAACAGAGGAUCUCCGUGAAGAAAAAAUCGUAAAUACUACCUUGGAUGGCCCUAACUUGGGAGCUCGCAGUUCUGAGGGCCCCACCUUUUCAUAUCUAUCUGAGAAUGACCAGCUCAGUCUUGAAAGUUUAUCGACGACUGUUCCUCCAGAUCAGAUAAGGAUGAUUCAAAGCAUCAAUACAUUGAUUUCUGAGUUAACCUUGGAGAAAGAAGAGUUGAUGAAAGCCUUGUCACUGGAAUCAUCUCAGUGCUCUGAAUUGCAGGAGUUAAACAAGGACUUAACCCGAAAGCUUGAAGCUCAAACACAAAGAUCGGAGCUUUUGACUGCUCAAAGCAUGGCAACUGGUAAUAACCAAACAAGGCUACCAGAUGCUUUAUCUGUGCAGGACAGCACCACAUAUGCUGAUGAAGGUGAUGAGGUGGUGGAACGGGUCUUGGGAUGGAUAAUAAAGCUAUUCCCUGGAGGACCAUCAAAGCGGAGAACCAGCAAUCUUAUUUAGUUCAACGAGUUUUGUACAUCAUAUAAGCUCUUUUUGCUCCUCCGCGCCUUGUAUUUUUGGUAGCCAGAUGGAGAUGGUUUUCGUGUUCUAUUAAGUGAUUCAUAGUCCUAAUUCAUUUCCCAGAAGAAGCAAAUUGCUUCAAAGAGGUAUUUAGAAGAAAUGAUUGAUUACUUCACAGAUUUGACAACAAGAUGAAGUUUGGUUUAGUAUUAUAAUUAUUUAGAAGAUGUAGUUUUACUUGUGAAUUAAUAGUGGGAGAAAAGAGGAAAAGGAUCAAAUGUAUCAUUUACCUAUCGAAAAUAUUGUCUUUUUAAUUACUCUUGUUGUAGUCUUAGUACUAAUGUAUUUGUUAAUUUUGUUUUUAGGCCUAA